AUGGCGAGUCGCAGAAUCAAUCUGGAGCACAAUAAUACAAUCAAUUAUCCCGUUGAUCGAAAAUCGCGCCAAGUGGCAAAUAAAGAAGUACUUGUGGCACAACUCGGAAGAACGAAACUUCGUGGAGCAGAACCAUUUAACGAAAGCACGGCCAACGCUCUGUUGGAGAAGCAUUUACGCAGACGUCAUAGAGCGGCUCCGGCAAUUUUUCUAGUCGACCGGAUUCGAUUUACGAAGAAGAAAUACCACGAAUAUUUGUCUUACAGAGAAAUCCAUAAUUUCCACCGGUUUCCAAACAAUCCGGACAAAUUUAUGCUGUUUGUGGUGGAAGAGAAGCGAGGAAACCGCAGUUAUGAGAGCUUCCGUUGUGAAAAUGCUGCAGACGUUCAGGACAUACGGAAUAUGAUAAGCGCGGCGCACAAUGAUCCGAAGCGUUUGCUACAAGGAGUCGGGCCAAUAAGAAUGUUAUCUGUUUCUUCAUCCUCGAGUUCGGAAUAUUACAUCGAAAACAGACCAGCUAGUAGAAAUUCUCGACCGCGUUCUGUUCAGUACGUAAUUAAUGAAUCGCUGCCACAAACCGAACCAAUGUGCUCACCAAGAGUUUACUACCGAACAAAUGCGAAUGGCCCACUCAACUCAGAUGCACGAAAUGAUCUUCAUCAACACCCAUCACAUCGAGGAACACAACCCACUGACUCAGCAAGACUAUCCACAGCGACAAAUGAUGUCACAUACCUGCGUUCCGAUAACCUCAACGGACCACAAAUAGUAGAACACGGCCCAGUCUAUAUGUACAUGUCACGUUCAAGACAGAACCGGAAUGAAAACAGCUGGUCACCGGACACAUCGAAAUCUAAAGUAAACCUUCAACUGAGCCUGAACCAACUUGUUCAAUCCGAAGUUGGAACAGCGACGAGUUCAGAUUAUGGCUGUGCUGGAAAUGGUGACAUGAAGGCCAGUACACAACACUUUUGCGUCGAUAAUAGAGAAACAUAUGAUACUAUUGAUAAGUAUCAAAAGGUUUCGCCGACAACAUGCAUGACUGAUCAGGAGUGUCAAACCGAAUUUCCCAUUAAUACCCAUGUGGCUUUAGAUAAAAAGUAUCUACCAACUCUCAACGCUGGGACAGAUUCAUACCCAGUGACACGUCUCGGGAACCGACUAGAUAGAGGACACAACAUUGGCAGUGAAACUGAAGUUUCCAAGCGAUCUGUGACCACAAUCUCCGCGCUGGCAGCAGUUGCAGCCGUUGCUGCCGCUUCCUACCUUUCUCGAUCCAUGCAUGCUUCUAGCAUCGACACCUCAACUCCCCCCAUACAGUGGUCAUUAUCAAACGCAAGUAAAUCUGUUUAUGUGAGUUCAGAAAAGACGCGGAGUGAACAAGAAAAAAACCAGCAGGCAUGUACGCAGUCAAUGAUAGCUGGCAAGCCGGAAACGAAUGACGCAAUCUUGCAGUCGAGCGUGUUCCCAAUGGCCGCGCCUUGCAGUACGCGAACCCACUCAGAGGUUCAACGACAACCAUCAUUCAUGAACCAACGAGUACCUCCGAUAGAUGGGUUACAGGCAUUGGAAAACAAUUACCGAAACUAUUCACAGUGCGUUGGAGACGGUAAUUUGAAACUUAGGAUCUUGUGCAAUGCACCCCAAACAGAUGUUGACGAAUGCAUUCCUCAAAUCAACGGUCAGCAAUCACUUGCAUAUUCUUGGCAUGAGUCUUAUCUAAAUCCACCCAAUAGCCCCAGACCAUCCACAAAAUCCAACUUACUUGCACCACCAACCUUGUCCAGGACAGACUACCAGCCUAGAACUAGGUUUGCACAGCGAAUUGAAAUUGCACGUCAGGCAAUAAAUGAUCAAGCAGUUACACCCGUAACGCAUCAUGUGCUGUGGGGGAGGAGAGGUUUUAGUCGGCGAAGCCCACCACCGGCCACGGAUUCCUCUACAGAUGAGGGCCAUUGUGUAGAACAAUACAUGAGAUCGAAUUCUGUGGUUUUCAAUGCAAAGGAUGAAGUUGCCUGUAAUGUACCCCAGGACGUGAAAACAAUGUCAAGAAUCGUUGUCAUGGAAGAGAAAUGUUACUCUGAGGACGAUAACUCCGAAACUGACGGAACGCGGUUAGACCGAGUGCAUUCAAAGCAUCCUACAUCAGCUCAGGUCUCAAAGCUUGCUCAUCAUAAAUUAAACCACAGUAGGUCAAGUGUGAUGGAAAAAGAAUCACAAUCUGACAGUGGAGCCUCGUUAGGAUCUGAAGGCGCGCAAACUCAAUCCGAUGAAGUGACACCGCAGGGAAUGCGACAACCCAAAAGUGUCCUUAUUUCUGGGUAUUCUAAACAACGCAAAAAUGACAAAAACAGUGGGUGA